AGAAAGAGAACCCCCACUGUCCCCUUGUUCUAGUUCUCCAACGUGUCAGAUCUUAGACACUUGUCAGUGUGUCCCAGUACGUUUGGGGCUGACCUGGCUAGGGAUUCGAACCCCAUGUUCCACGGGUGGUGGAGGGGUGUGUGGCUUCCCCCAAGCAGUGCAUUACUUGCCCCACAGAGCCAGCCUGUGCUGCAGAUCUCUGUCCUGCAGGUGCUCGGGUGCGGUCUUUGGGAAGCCUGGUUCGCGGAAAUCCCCCAUUUACCACUUCCUCCCAAAUGGAAGGACCAUUCAGGGGCAGGUGGCUGUCUCUCUGUCUCUGUUUCUCUCUGUCUCUGUGUCCUGUUUAUCCAGCUGCGAGUUCCAGAGGAGAGCUGCUUGGUAAACCCCCGCCUGCUCCGCGUCUGCUCAGACGUCGGCUCUGCGGUCCGUGGGUGCCGGCGUGGCCUCACAGCGUGUGUUUGCCCCUCCGCAGGCACGGGGACAUUUGGGCGCGUGCACCUGGUGAAGGAGAAGGCGGCCAAACAUUUCUACGCCCUGAAGAUCAUGAGCAUCCCCGACGUCAUCCGCCUGAAGCAGGAGCAGCACGUGCACAACGAGAAGUCGGUCCUCAAGGAAGUCAGCCACCCGUUCCUUGUCAGGCUGACGUGGACGCUGUGCGGAACGCCUGAGUACCUCGCCCCCGAAGUCAUCCAGAGCAAGGGCCACGGCAGGGCGGUGGACUGGUGGGCUCUCGGCAUCCUCAUCUUCGAGAUGCUCUCAGGAUUUCCUCCGUUUUUUGAUGACAAUCCAUUUGGCAUUUAUCAGAAAAUUCUUGCUGGCAAAAUAGAUUUUCCCAGGCAUUUGGAUUUCAGCGUCAAAGACCUCAUCAAGAAACUGCUCGUGGUGGACAGAACCAGAAGACUGGGGAACAUGAAGAAUGGCGCCAAUGACGUCAAGAGGCACCGGUGGUUCCGGUCUGUGGAUUGGGAAGCCGUCCCGCAGAGAAAAUUGAAGCCCCCCAUUUUACCCAAGAUAUCCGGCGAUGGCGAUACCUCAAACUUUGAAACGUACCCCGAGAACGAGUGGAACUCAGCCCCUCCUGUGCCGCAGAAAGACCUGGACAUCUUCAAGAAUUUCUGAGGCUCGGAGCUCACCUCUGGAAGGGAGAACGGAGCCCGCCUGGGACCGAGAGCCGCACGUUCGCAGACCUGAGCAGACGCCGCCUCCUCACGAUGAGGGUGUCCCCACACGCCCGCGUGUCCACGCGCACCCAAAGGCCGGCCCUGCCGUCGACAUCGGCGUGGAGGACGUUGAGGGGAUAGCGUUCGGUUGUAGAUGUGGCGUCCUCCUCUCUCCCGUGUGGUUCCUGUGCGUUCUUGGUUUUCCUCGUAGACUUCAGUUUCCAAGUUGGCCCGAGACGUGCUCCAUGACAGCCACGGCGUGUGCGUGCGCAUCCGUGGAGAUGUCUUGUCGGUGGGAUGCUCCCCAUGACGUAGCUGGUCAUCCUUUGCAGACCGUCUGGUCUUUAUGUUUCCAAAGCGUUUCCUUCUUGUCCCCCCGCGAGUCUGUUGUCUUGGGGACAUCUGGAGAGGGCCCUGGAGUCGCUGGUUGUCACCGCCUGGGCAUUUUAUAAUUAUUUAUGAAGAGCACAGCCCGGGAGUUGUACUUCCAGUGUCCCCCCUGGCUCCUGCCUGCUCAGGUCAGCCUUUGAACCCAGAAGGAAAGGGGAGACCGGGGGUAACUGCACUUGGCGAGUUCCCGAUGACAGGGACAGUGUUUGAGGGACGGACUGUACUGAAGAAGGCUGCACUGUCACACUCAAACAUGGCAGGAGUGGGACCAGCGGUUGGUGUAAUGGCUAUGUCGCUGAACUCUCAUGGAGUCGACCAUGGUUCGCGUCCCGGACCCGGUGGCUCAAACUCACACCAGGCGCGUGUGCGUGUGUGCCCAAGAU